AUGGAAACAAAGGACGUGAAACUCAAGAAUCCUAGAGCCAAGGAUGUUGCUUUGCCUGUGGUGAUGACAAUUGCAGGUAGUGAUUCAUCAGGAGGGGCGGGGAUCGAGGCCGAUUUGAAAACUUUCAGUGCAUUUGGUGUCUAUGGGGCAACUUGUAUCACUGCAUUGACUGCUCAAAAUACCACUGGGGUCAAAUUAUUUGAAAAGACAUCACAGAAGUUACUUGCAGAGAUCUUGAAGGCUAAUUUAGAGGAUUUUUAUGGAUAUGAAAAUGCACCUUUAAAGGUGGUGAAAACUGGGAUGUUGACCAAACAAGCUAUUGAGGAGAUUGCAAAACACGAUAUCAAAGUCAAGUUUGUAAUUGAUCCGGUCAUGGUGAGUACUUCAGGUAGUCAACUAUUUGACUUGGACGGAAUCAAAUACAGUGUUGAACAUUUAAUGAAGAAUGCAUAUUUAAUCACUCCCAAUUUACCAGAAGCUAAAGCAUUGUACGGAUUAUUUAAAAGCCCAUCUGAGAUUGGCAAUAUUGAAGACUUUAAACGGUUUGUUGUUGAAUUGCUGAAUCUCCUUAAGUGCAAGAACUUGUUGGUGAAAGGAGGUCAUAUUCCAUUCGAUCAAGAAGGCAACUUUUCCAAGAAUGGAUGCCAAGUCAUUGAUAUCUUAUACGAAAGUGAGUCUCAAAUAGUGACGCUUUUCAGCUCAGGAUACAUAAACUCAGAAAACACUCACGGUACUGGAUGUACUUUGGCCUCGGCAAUUGCAGCGAAUAUUGCUAUUGGCAAAACCCUAGCCGAUGCAAUUGCCGUUGCCAUAGAUUUCAUCCAUAAUGGUAUGCUGCAAAUGACGAAAUUGGGACACGGUAAUGGUCCAUUGAACCAUAAUUUGACUCCAAAUAUCCAAGUUACUAGGGUGAUAGAGACAGAUGGGAAUGAGUUGUUGAAAUUUGACGACGCGAACACGUUUGUUGACUUUUUGACAUCUCAUCCAAAGGUGAAGCAAACAUGGCGAAACUACGUCGAACAUCCAUUUGUUAGUAAAUUGGCUGAAAACUCUCUACCAUUUGAGAAUUUCUUUUACUAUUUGAAGCAGGAUUAUCACUACCUCAUCAUAUAUGCCAGAAUGCAUGGUUUGUUGGCCUCAAAAGCACCAACCUAUCAACAAACACAUGCCGCCGCAACGAUAAUCGGCGAAAUUAUUAAUGAAAUUGAACAUCACAAAAAGAGGCUCAAGGUAUAUAAGGUAGAUUACGAGAGAGAUAUUGAGGAUUUGAAGCCAGGAAAUGCGUGUGUCGAAUAUUGCGAUUAUUUGAUCAAUAUAGGGGAGAAGGAAGACUUUUUGGGAAUAAAAGUUGCCUUAGCGCCUUGCUUACACGGAUAUGCUGAGGCUGGAACUUAUGGGAAGAAGUUAAGGGCAGAGAAUCCAGUGAAGAUCCCCGAAGUAUAUCAAGGUUGGUUGGAUGAAUAUGCCUCAGAUUGGUACUCAAAAGCUGACAAAGAAGGACGUUUGGCACUCAAUGCUUUAGUAGCUGACGGAAUAACUCGCCCUCGUGCAGAGGAAUUAGUAGACAUCUUCAAUACAGUUUCUCAAUUGGAGAUUAAUUUUUGGAAUGAAGUAUUAGAUAUGUCAACUUGUGUAUAG